AUGUCUAACUCAUUUGACUCGAUUACAACCUCAAACAAGCAAGAACUUGACUUUUUUAUCAAUAACAGACCCACACCAGUGGCGUUUUUUCGAAAGUUCGAAUACACUUCAAAGACAACAGGUCUCUCGAAUUGGUGUUCUGCGCUCAACGCGAGCCUUGCAUGUUGUAAGGACGAUCCAAAGCUUGUCGAACUUAAACAAAACUAUGAAAAUGACCAUUACAAGAAGUCUAUCAAUGAUUAUUUUCGGCUUACUUAUGUUGAGAAGGAAAAGGUCUCUAUCGACAAAACAAUAACUAAAAGAACAGGAAAAGCGAUUCGAAAUCGCGUCGAUGACCUUCUUCCAAAUGAUCAAGCACUUUCGAAAAAACCUCGUCUCACGAAGUCGCAUGAGGAUGGUAAUUCGACACUAAUGUCAGCAGAAUCAAAAAUAAAUCAAGAGGAUCAUAGUUCGUGUUCGGCAUCAUCCGAUCCGUCUUCUAACUUUAAUCGUGAAGAAGGUCCUGAACAUUUCAAUGCUGAAUCAUUAAAGAAAGAACGAUAUCGAAUUGGGUAUUCAUGGGAGAAUAUUGUUGAUAAUAUCGAUUUCAGAAAUAUUUCUAGAAAUGAUUGGGUCUUUGAAGGAUAUAAUCUCUCCCUAGAAUUCAGAAAGUUUCAAAGAUUAACAAUUACACAAGUCAAAAAAGAUCCAAUUCUAUGCUUCCAAAACGACUUACAGAAAAUCUUAUGUUUAUCGAACAUUAUGUUAAUUGAACGGAUUAAACCGCCAUAUAUUACUUGCACUCAAGCGAUUUGGGACCGAAUCUGCCAAAAAAAAUUACUUCCGAGGCUACCAUCUGUGGCAUACGAGGUGGUUCACGAUUAUUCUUCGAUGCUAAACUCUUUCAUGCCACUUGAUAAUAUCCAAGAUACAUGGGGCAUUAAUUUCUCCAAAGCUGUUGAAUUAAACAAUCAUGAAGAGAAGAAUAAGUUUUUCCAGAUUCAAAUAAUUCUACGAAACUUCUUAUUAUUAAGUUCGAAAGACGCGACAAUUAACAACGAAGAUACCUUC